AUGAGAGACUCUACCAACCACCCCGCCGCUGCUGCCGUCGGUCGAAAAGAGCCGCCGAAGAAACCCGACACUCCUACACCCCCGCCCAUCGCCAACGUUUCGAGUGAUACUGAGGCUAACACUGGAGCUCAGAAGCCGAGUAUUGCGCCCGAAGCGAAAAGAUCCCCAGAUCUUUCGACUUCCCAGAUUGUCUGGAACCGCGCAUAUGAUGAGCUUGCGAAGGACAAAGGGACAUCGGAUCUUGUUAAGAAUUACAUGAGAAUAAUACCCAGGGCCACCGAUCCAGAUGGCGACGUCAAUGAGGGUGUCGGUGACGAUAUUUUGCCCGAUAUGAACGAUCCAAUCCGCAGACAGGAAAUACUGAAGGAUGCCAUCAAAGCAGGCCAGGCCAAGAUUGCCAGGGUAGAAAAAUCCACGAAUGUAGUUGGCAAUGUUGUGGACUUCGUCAAUAGAUUCAAGGGUGUGAUUGAUGUGGCAGUCAAAGCCAACCCGCAGGCCGCACUGCCAUGGGCUGGUGUUUGUAUCGGAUUGCAGUUUCUGUUGAAUCCCGCCCAUGCGUCAGAGUCUCGAAGGAAUGGAAUCGCCUAUGUCAUAACCAGAAUGGACUGGUAUUGUUCACUGACAGAGCAUCUACUCAGUCAAGAGAACAUCGACCUAAAGGGUCAGUCCUACCAAGCUGUCGUCAACGAGCUAGAGGGAAGAGUUGUUGCCCUGUAUAAGGCACUUCUUCUCUACCAGAUGAAGAGCGUGUGCUCUUACUACAAGAACCAAGGCUUAGUGGUCUUGCGGUCUACGAUCAAUUUAGAUGACUGGGAUGGUGAAAUGCAAGGCAUCAAGAGCGCCGAAAAAGCUGUGCAGGAUGAUUCUGACCACUACUGCACUCUAUAUUCGAAGGAUGCGCUAGGCGCUCUAGUCCAACAGGGCCAGGAGGAGCAGAAGAUUCUAGGUGAUUUCCACCAGACCUUACAGGAGUACAUUACUUCUCAGCGGAAAGCGGAUAGGGAUAAUAAAGAUACAGAGUAUCUUCAACAAAUCUUUGUCGUUGACGCGCAGGGAGAGAUAGACACAAUCCAAGGAAAGAAUGACAAGCUACUGCCUGCAGCGUAUAAGUGGAUUGUUGAUACUCCAGAAUACCGUGGAUUUACCAAUUGGAGCGACCCAGAAUCAUGCCAGGUGCUAUGGUUGAAUGGACCUGCUGGUACUGGAAAGACCAUGCUAGUUAUCGGGAUCAUCUCUGAGAUCUCUCGACAAUCGUUCAACCUGGCACCAGGGCUUGCAUAUUUCUUCUUCCAAGGAUCCCAGAAAAGCAUGACCAGUCCCACGGAUGCCCUACGAUCCUUGAUCUGGAUGCUUCUUAUCCAACAACCCCGUCUUUUCUCCUACAUACGGGAGACCCUUAGAAACGCCGGUGCAAGCUAUUUCGAUAGUCCGAGUGUCUUCUGGCCCUUGGCUGAGAUAUUCAAGCAGAUGCUAGCUGAUAAAGACCUUACACCGGUAUACCUGACCCUUGACGCUCUUGAUGAAUGCAACGAGAGGAACUCUGGAGACCCCGGGCGCCCCCAUCUCCUCUCGCUGAUUUCGGAUACCCUCAGCAUCACGAACAAGGUCAAAUGGCUUCUAUCUAGUCGACCCGAAGUCGAUGUCUACAAGAAGCUCAAGGCUAAACCGGCAUUGGGAGCUAUUGUCGAGCUGGAUGUCCAGAGUCGGCCAGAGCCUGUGGAUGUAUACAUCGAGCACAAGCUCUCUGACCUUGAGCGGUAUUACGAGUACCCAAGGGAUGUCUUAGACGAAAUGUCGCAGGAGAUCCGCCCACGUGCGCAAAACACCUUCCUAUGGGUCUCUCUUGUGUUUAAAGAUAUCAUGGAGAACAACGUGGCGGAAUACGAUGCUGUCGAUUGUAUCAAAGCCAAUCCUUCUUCUCUGACGAGUCUGUAUGAACGCUUGAUGACCCGUAUUGAGAAUUUACCCUCACGGGAUCCGGGCUUUUGCCGCUCGGUCUUGGCCGCUGCCUGUUUCUCAUAUCGUCCGCUCUCCUACGCAGAGCUUCACGUCGCUUCUGGUUUGCCAGCGAAUGUGCGACCGGCACUUAUUGUUCCCAAAUGUGGUUCCUUUUUGACCAUGCAGGACAAUUGUGUAUACAUGAUCCAUGCCAGCGCCAGAGAACAUCUGGAGGACUACUUUAAAUCUUCUUCCCCUGGAAGCGGAAAUUGUCAGCAUGAUGAUAUUGGCAAACGCUCGAUCCGGGCAAUGUCGGACACGCUAAAGAAAAAUAUGUACAAUCUGACCCCUGACACGGAGUCAACGGAUGUCAUUGUGCCUGAGAACGACCCUUUGGCCUCUAUUCGAUACUCUUGCGAGUUUUGGGUGGAUCAUCUUUGCGAGGAUCGUGGUGGUCAGCCUUUCGACGAUGAAGGAGUGUUUUCCUUUUUGGAAAAGCACUUCCUCCACUGGUUGGAGAGUCUCAGCUUGAUGCGGAAGCUCACAACCGCGGUAUCAUCGAUCAAAAAGCUUUUAAUAAACAGCAAGCUGUGGGAUGUUACUACUGGUAUAAGUCUUACCCUCAAUACCCUCAAGACUACAGAGGACUUUGUUCUCACAGUGGACUUUUCAUCGGACAGCAAAGUACUUGCUUCAGCCGUCGGCGAUAAAGUGCAGCUUUGGGAUGUUGCUACAGGGACAUGUAUGAGGUCCUUUGACGUGGUCUGUGAUUCCGUCCAAUCUAUUCGAUUCUCACCGGAUAGAAAGGUUCUUGUUCUGGCUACACACACGGUGGAGCUGUGGGACAUAGCUACUGAGUCGUGUAUCCAGAUACUUGAUGGGCACACGGAGUGGGUUGCGUGUGUCGCGUUCGCGCCAGACGGCAAAAUACUUGCUUCAGCCUCGUAUGACAAGACAGUAAAGCUCUGGGACUUUGAGACCUUUUCCUGCAGGCUGACCGUCGACUUGGCCGGGUCUCCGCGAACUAUCAUAUUUUCGCCUGAUAGUAACCUUCUCGGGGUAAGCUUAUGGAAUCGCGGUACCUAUGUUUGGGACACCGCAACCGGGAACGAGGUAAUGGGCUUCGAAGGUUGUCUCGAUGGAGUCUUCUUAACUGAUGGAAAGACAAUGGCAACAAUCACAGAGGAGACGCGAUUGGAAUUCCUAGAUCUCGCGUCGGGGACCCUCAAACUGAUACUGAAUCAUGGGGAGGAGAUCCGUUCAUUGUCAGUCUCCCAAAACAUUGUUGCUUCGGCCACCCGGGGCGGCAUGGUGCGUGUCUGGGAUACCACCGGAAAUUGGGAACGAUCUCUAGGAGGCUUCGGUGACGCAUGGCCUGGCCUGACCUUUUCGUCAGAUGGAGAAAGCCUACUCGUACGAUACGAUAAGACAGUGGAGAUCUGGGACCCCCUUAACAAGAUUCGCAAGCAAACGCUGGCGGGUCAUGAUGGUCGAAUCAGCGAUGUUGUAUUCUCCCCAGACGGUAAAACCCUUGCCACGGGUUCAUUUGACUGCACAGUUCGGCUGUGGGAUGUUGCGACAGCAGCCUGCACAGAGAUUUUAUUCGAUAACAAGAUAUUUUGUGUUAAUUUCUCGCCCGACGGCACGAUGCUCGGCGUAGGCACAAUAUUUCCAAUCGUUAUUUUGGAUCUUGUCACUGGGACACACAGGCAAACGCUGGAUGCUGGGGGUUACCCUGGUGGUUUAGCAUUUUCCCAUGAUAAUACGGUCAUUGUGACGGUAACGGGUGAAGAGGUGCUCUCGGACGGAAAAGUGUCCCAUCGUGAGGUGGGUUUACAAAUCUGGGAUGUUGCUACUGGGGCGCUCAAGAUGACCAUCAAGCACCCAACCGGUGGUAACUUUUACUCGGUGGCAAUUUCACCAGACGGUAAAACCGUCGCCUCGAAUUCAUUGGAGCACCACAUACGAAUCUGGGAUGCUGCCACUGGGAUUGAACAGCACCUCAUCGAAUGCGACGUUGUUCGUCUUGGUUUACCAUUCUCACAUGACUGUCCCUAUCUGGAAGGGCCCUACCGCUUGAUCCCCGGCGAGCUGGCCACAAGCCCUGAUCCACAGUCUGCCCUAUAUGUCGAGUCACCGUGGGUGAUGAGAGGUAGCAAGCCGCUCCUUCAGUUGCCACCUGACCAUUUAAUCAGCUCUUUCGUUUCUCGGGAAAACUUGAUUGUCCUUGGAAACGUUGAAGGGCUGACAUUUAUUGAAUUUGAAAAUUGCUGA